CGGGCGCCAUUUUGUGUGGUUAACGCAAAGCUAACCGGAGUGACGGGGGCAGCCGAAGUGCUGCGAGUGUUACCGGUCAGCGCAAAAGGCGCGGGCGGGCAGAGAACAUAUAAAUAAUUAAAGAUGUGGGAUCAAGGUGGGCAGCCUUGGCAACAGUGGCCUUUGAAUCAGCAACAAUGGAUGCAGUCAUUUCAGCAUCAGCAAGAUCCAAGCCAAAUUGACUGGGCUGCAUUAGCUCAGGCAUGGAUUGCUCAGCGGGAAGCGUCGGGGCAACAGAGUGUGGUAGAACAGCAAGGAAUGAUGCCAAAUGGCCAGGAGAUGACAGGAAUGGAACCUGGUCCAAACAACCAUGGUAAUUUUCAGAAUGAUCCAAAUUUCAACAGGAUGUGGCAACCAGAAUGGAACAUGCCCCACCAGCCGCCUCAUCCGCCUCCAGAUCAGCCAUGGAUUCCUCCAGCCCCUGGAUCAAUGGAUAUUGUUCCUCCAUCUGAAGACAGUAACAGUCAGGACAGUGGGGAAUUUGCCCCUGACAGCAGGCAUAUAUUUAAUCAAAAUAAUCACAACUUUGGGGGACCACCACCUGAUAACUUUGCAAUGGGGCCAGUGAACCAGUUUGACUAUCAGCAUGGGACCACUUUUGGUCCACCUCAAGGUGGGUUUCAUCCACCUUAUUGGCAGCCUGGACCGCCAGGGCCCCCAGGACCUCCAGCACCUCCUGCGCCUCCUCAGAAUCGAAGGGAAAGGCCAGCAUUUAGAGAUCGCCAGAGAUCACCAAUCACAUUGCCUGUGAAACAGGAACCUCCUCAAAUUGAUGCUGUUAAACGUAGAACUCUACCUGCUUGGAUUCGUGAGGGCUUAGAGAAGAUGGAAAGGGAAAAACAGAAGAAACUAGAAAAAGAGAGAAUGGAACAGCAGCGUUCUCAACUGUCUAAAAAGGAAAAGAAGGAAAUUACGGAACCAGGAGAAGAGGAUGGACCUCGGUUACCACAGAAAAGUAAAUUUGAUAGUGAUGAAGAAGAAGAUUUUGAUAAUGUAGAGGCUAUAAGUAGUGGAAAAGUCACGAGAAGUCCAUCUCCAACUGCUCAUGAGGAGCAGAGUGAACCAGAAAUGACAGAGGAAGAAAAGGAUUAUCAGAUGAUGUUGCUGACAAAAAUGUUGCUGACAGAAAUUCUCCUAGAUGUCACCAAUGAAGAAAUUUAUUAUGUGGCUAAAGAUGUCCAUCGUAAAGCAAUAAAAGCUCCUGCAAAACAGCUGGCACAGUCCAGUGCAUUGGCUUCCCUCACUGGACUUGGUGGACUGGGUGGUUAUGGAUCAGGAGACAGUGACGAUGAGAGGAGUGACAGAGGCUCUGAGUCAUCGGAUACUGAUGAUGAGGAACUACGACACAGAAUCAGGCAAAAACAAGAAGCAUUUUGGAGGAAGGAGAGAGAACAGCAACUACUGCUAGAGAAACAGCUGGAAGAAGAAAAGCUCCAAAAUGAGAGAAUUGCAAAAGAGAUGAGUGAACUUGCCAGUAAAGAGCAAGGCAACAAUUCACCACUAGAAGAUGUGAAAGAAGCUGAGGAGGAGGAUGCAUUUGGUGAAAAGAAAAAGUCUCCAAAAGAAAUAACACCAGACACGGAACCCAAAAAAGAGAUUAAAGAGAAAGAGAGAGUAGGAAGGAGUAGGUCAAAAAGUUCAAGUAGUGCUAGUUCAAGUAAUAAUAGCAGAAGUAGCAGCAGUAGCAGCAGUAGCAGCACAGCUAGUAGUUCAUCUUAUAGUAGUAGUUCAGGCAGCAGUCGCAGCUCUACACAUUCUUCCUCCCCCAAAAGAAAAAAAAGACGUAGUCAUAGUAGGUCACCUAAAGUUAGGCGUAGCAGAAGUAGGAGCUAUUCACAUAGAAAUAGAAGAGAAAGGAGCAGGAGCAGGGGUAAGGUAAGAGAAAGGCAGAGAUCUAGUAGACACAAGAGUAUAGAAAGAAGGGAGAGGCGACGAAAUCAUAGUCCUUCCCAUGACCGAAACUGGGAGAGACGUAGAAGUGAUAGUCACUCAAGAGAUAGACUUACCUGCCAUUCCACUUGUAGUGGGAGUCGAGAUAGGCAUAAAAGUGAAGAUCAGCACAGGAGCAUAAGUGGGAACAGGCACAAACAUAGUCACGAUAGCAAAAUUCAAGAAAGAAAAAAAGAACGCAGUAGGAGCAUAGAGAAAGAUAAAAAAAAGAACAGGGAGAGGGACCGAGAUCAGGAAAAGCGCAGGGAGAAACAGAGAAAAGAAGACAAAGACAGUAAAACUGGCAAUCAUGAAGAGAGAUUAAAAAGAAAAAGAGAUAGCGAAAGAACUUUCUCUCGCAGAGAUUCCUUGUCUUCAAAAAUGUUAAGGCGUGAUUCAAGGCAGGAAAGCAAAAAAAGUUCUACCAAAGAGAGCAAAAAGCAUUCAGGUUCAGAAUCUAGUACAAGGAGCAGUUCUGAGUCACGAGGCAGCAGCAAAGAAAAGAAGCCGAAGAAAUCAAAGCAUAGUCGGUCACGGUCCAUGGAGAAAUCUCAAAGGUCUGGUAAGAAGGCAAGCCGCAAACACAAGUCUAAAUCACGAUCAAGAUCAAUGACUCCUCGUCGUAAACGCUGAGGAAUGAUAUGACACUAGUCAUAAUGAUUUUAAAAUUCCAUGAGUUUUUAAGGGCUUGUCUCAUUAUAGAGGCUCAUUAUAGAGGCUACAGUUGUGGCUAUGUAGAUGGAAGCUGACCCUUUUUUAAUGAAAAGAUCUGUAAAUAGCUGUAUUUUUUGGAAACACUGCUCGGAGUUAAGUACUUGCUAGGAAUUCUUUGUAUUUACAUUUUUCAAAACAGUAGUGCUUACCUAAGGCUAUGAAAUAUGUCAUUCUCUUUCAGCUGUAAUGUUCUUAAAUUGCUAUUGAAUGUAUUGUGAUGUCAAUAAAGUUCUUCAGUUCAUUUUUUUGU